UGUUUCCUUCCUAUAUUUUACACGAAGUGACAAGUCAUGCUUUAAAAUCAGUUACGGACCUCAUAUGAAAGGAUGAGUAUUUCUGCUCCCGUUGUCUUAAAAUGCUCGGUAUGUGGACUGUAAAGUGAGGGGACUGUGACUUCAGAAACUCGUGCCAAACAAGGAAACAGCUCAAGGAGGCGAGCAGCCUUUGUGUGACCUUACAAUGAGCAGCAGAGAAGCAAAGGAGCACCUGGAGGUCUGUCAGAUCUACCGCCUGCUGCAGUACAUCCAUCAGGGAGAUGUGGAGCAAAUAGAGAAGAUGGUGUACCAUGGGGUGAAAGACCUCAUCAAUCUCACUGAGCCAAAAGACGGCGUAGGGGCACUUCACGUGGCAGUUUCAGCCAACAACCAGGACCUGGUCAGCUUCCUCCUCUCACACGGAGCUCACCCUGACAUCCAGGACAAGAAGGGUCACACUCCUGCCAUGUUGGCUGCAGAGAGAGGAAAUAAUCUCAUAUUGACUAUGCUGGCCCAAAACAAUGCUAACAUGAGGCUACAAGAUGCUGAGGGCAAAGGUGUGUUGUUCUACUGCAUCUACCCCACCAAGGGUCACAUUCGCUGCCUGCAGGUGGCACUGCAGUACAAGGCAGAUGUCAACAAUGUGUCGGCUCAGGGACUUCAUGUCCUCCAGUUGAUGUGUGAAAGAGCCGAGGAGUGCACCUCCAUGUGUCUCAUCAUGCUGAAUGCAGGGGCAGACCCGAAUGCAACAAACCAGAAAACCGGCGUCACAGCUUUGAUGGGGGCGGCUAAGGCCGGCUCACUCCGGCUUGUUAGAGCCAUCCUCAGGACAGGUGGAAAUCCCAAUGCCCUGGAUAAAAAACGCAUGACAGCAGCACACUAUGCUGCCAUGGGUGGCUUUUUUGAGGUGAUUCAGGUGCUGUCAGCGUACGCAGCAGACAUGGGUGUAAUCAACCUACAGGACUGCACACCCCUACACUACGCUGCUGCCACAGGCAAUGUUAACUGCUGCAAGUUCCUGGCUCAAAGAGGUUGUAACCCAAAACAUAAGAACCUAGAAGGUUUCCUGCCAUCUCAGAUUGCCAAAGAAUCUGGUCACAAAGCGGCAGCCUCGGAGCUGAAGAAAGCAGAGAGAAAACAGGGAAAAGACAAAAAAUCAAGCAGUGAUGGUCCCCUGUCAGACCUGUGGGCCCUGACCCUCCAUGACUGGUCUUAUGAGUAUGAGACAGAGCUACGGAAAGCCUUUGGGGACCAAUCUGAAACUGUAACCACUGAAAUGUUUAUCUCAGUGUUGGAAGAACUGAAAGCUCCAGCUGAACUCGACCAGCUCAAUACGGUCAUCGUAGCUCAUAACAAAGGUGGAGAGGGUUUUAUCAACAUCAGUGAUUUCUUCAGAGGUGUCAAGUACAUCCAAAAAAAGUUCCUCAUCUCCUCUUACAUGCCGAAGAAGAAGAGGGGGGAGAAGGGAGGAAAAGGAGGAAAGAAGAAGGGUAAAUAUGUCCUUCCUUUGCCUAUUUGCACACUCCCACCAGAGCUCAUGCCACGAAGAAACGAUGGAGGCCCCCCUCACUUUAUGAUUGAGAGCUACUUCAACUGCUCAGACCCCCUUCGUUUUGACCCAGAUCACCCUCCAGAACAUCCCAUCAUGAAUGACUCAGGGUGGUAUCUGGAAAAGCCACAAAAGAUCUUUGUUAAUAUCAACCAUUGUGUAAGAAGUGGAGACCUGGAGUCCCUGAACCUGGCAUUUAGUCAGGGUGUUCCUGUGGAUGUUAAAGAUCAGUAUUACAAGACCCCACUGAUGGCAGCCUGCACCAGUGGCAACUAUGAGGUGGCUCAGUUUCUCCUCAGUCAUGGGGCCAGUGUGAAUAUCUGUGACCAGUUCUCCUGGACGCCUCUCCACCACGCUGCUCACGCUGGAGAACUAGAACUCAUUGAGCUCUUGGUGAAAGCAGGGGCCAACAUAGAUGCCAAGGCCCUCAGUGGAGGCACACCUCUAAUGAGGGCCAUUGAAAGCUCACGACCCUCCUGUGUGGACUUCCUCAUCAAAGCUGGAGCCAGCGUGUACGCAGAGAACAAAAAAGGACAAAACUGCCUUCAUAUCGCAAGAGCUUUUGGAGAUGCCAGGAUAAUUGAAUUGGUAAAGGACAAAAUGGAUUCUUUACCAAAACCAAAGGAGACAGUGAAGGAAAAGGGGGGUACGGCUAAAAAGCCUAAAGGAAAGGGUGCUUCUGCAUCGAUGUCUGCGCGUGCUGGGGCAUCAACAGCAACAGCAGGACAAACGUCUCCACAGAAGGACUUAAAGAGUAUCAUCCUGCAGAACAACAGGAUCACUAUAGGGCAAACCAACACUGUGGAUAUCACCUUUGUGCCAAAAACAGUUUGGGGGAAACCGCCAAACACCAGCCAGCUGAUGUCAAAGAUUGAACGACGGAAAGAGCUCUUGUCCCUGGAGGUCGACUUUGACGACUUCAUGAUUCCUUUCAGCCUAAACAUCCAGAGGAAACCGCCGGAGCCUUCCAAAACCAAAGACUAGACCCAGAGGAGGUUAGGCAGAGAGACACUCAGACAUUUUAGAACUGAAUCAUGAGCUGACUGGCCAGCUGUUACAAAUAUUCACACAGGAUUGUUUGGGUUAAUUCAUUUUAUCAACAGAUUCUAUCAACAUACAGCUGGAUGUCAUGUUACCUCUUUUUUUAUGUGCAUAAUAAUUUAAGGCCUUACACUCUCAAUACAAAAUAUUCAGCAGGUUGUACAGUACUGGAUGUAUGUUUACAUAACAGUUACUUAGCAGGGUUAAAAUCUGUGUUAAGAGUCAAAAGAGACAUAUUUCCUUUAAGUGUUUCAAAAGCAAUUUUAAGAAAAGGUUUAAUUCUCAGGUACACAUGGUUUAGUACUGUUAUCCUCAAUAUGCGGCAGUGACCGGCACCGCAAUACUUAAUAAAGCUUUGAGGUCUAAUUUAACCUUUUAGCUCUUUGGGUCAGCUAGUCUUGGCUCAGAUUUUUUAAACUCUAUCAUUAAAAGAGUCAGGAACUCAUAAACUUAAUUAAUCCUCUUAUUGAUGUUGGCAUUAACGACAAACUAACCUAAACUUUGACAAGCCAAAUGAUCAGAAUACUCUUACUAAACAACUAAUACAUAUUUCAUCUCAGUACAAACACUAAAUCUAAAACUCUGCAGCAGCAGUGGAGGUACAUCUGAGGUUUC